AUGUCCGACGACUUUGCUACAGAGGCGUUUGCGCUUCUGGGCGUGGGGCUUGGAGUCAUCGCUUUGCGGACGUAUGCGCGAAUUAGCGCCGUCGGCGUAAGGCAUCUGCAGGUGGAUGAUUAUCUGAUGCUUCUUGUCGCAUGCACAUAUUCGGCCGAGACUGCUCUCGCAUAUAGCGUCGGAGCAUACUGGCAAGGACUCGCCAACAAUGGCAUGACGGACGAACAGAGGAGAAAUCUAGACCCCAAUAGCGAAGAGUACAGGAUCAGAGUCAACGGGUCAAAAACACAAAUUGCAGGAUGGAUCACGUAUAGCUGUCUGGUGCUUUGGCCCGCGAAAGCCGCCAUGUGCACCUUUUUCCUUCGUCUCACGGAAGGACUUCACAACUUUCAAAAGCGAAUUUACGGAGGUUUCGCACUGAUUGUGAUUACGUGGCUCACGGUGUUUUUCUCCAUCAUUUUCAGCUGCUUUCCGACGCACAAGAACUGGCAAAUCUACCCCGACCCAGGAAACACAUGCCAACCUGCGACUUCGAAGGUCAACAUUCUUGUCACUGUCGUCCUGAACGUCUUGACCGAUCUCUAUCUUAUGAGCAUACCGAUCCCGAUGCUAUGGUUCUCAAAGUUACCCCUGAGGAAGAAGCUGGGUCUGAUUGUGCUGUUUUCCGGAGGAAUAUUCGUGACUAUGGCAGGAAUCUUGCGCUGCGUCCUCAUUAUAUCGGACCCCGUCAAUGGCGCAUCACAAGCAGGAUCGUGGGCCGUUCGCGAGACUUUCGUUGCGGUUGUCACCACCAACGUUCCAAUGAUCUUUCCCCUCAUUCGCAGGUGGUUUAGCCCCAUUUUUGGCACCGUCGUCAGCACCCUACCUCUCAGCAACACGAACAAUAAGUACGGCUCGAAAGGACCCAAUUUGCCUCAACCCGGAAGCAUCAAGCUCGACGACGUGCCGGAUAGCAAGAACCGCAAAAAGGGACGACAGCCAUUCAGCCAGUAUCCAAUCACCGAGAUCACCGGAACAGGGAGUGAGGAGCAUUUGAACCAGCCACGGACUAUACCACCAAUGCCAACGUCAGGAGGGAUCAGCAAGAACGUGGAGAUUACGAUUGAAGAGUCCAAGCGGGAUAGCAGAAGAGAACUGGAUAAUAGAUCGGAGGAUAGUCUUGAGAGGGGGGACGCGUAUUUCACGGUUGACGUCAACGGCGGUGGGGACAGAGGACAUGAUAACAAAGAGCUACAGAUAGGCUCCAUGUAA